GUCAAGGCCCGUCUCUUUAUUUCCCAUCCUACACAAAGAUGAAAUAAUAACGCAUGUGGCGAGGGCGAGGUCGACUAAUUCCAGACGCUGAAUCUGAAAACUGCCAGGUAGAGAGACGCCGCCGCCGCCAUAGUCCAGACGCCGAGCCACCAGCCUCCAGUCCACCGGCUUGGUAAACUCCAGCAGCACUGCUUCCUGAACCGCAGCCAAGGCCAAAAUUGGAGGCUGGAAGCCGACAAAUUGUGAUCCCUUUGAUUCUUCUCUUAUCGUCUUUCCUCUGUCAAGCUAUCAAUGAGGAAAAAUCGCAAGGCAAAGACCAAUUCCAACUCCAAGUUAUUGAAAUCCCAAAAGAAGAAACUGGCUAGGCUCAAGGAAGACAAGGAAAAAGCUGCCCUUUUGUCUAAAAGCUUGGAGACCUUGGCGAAGUACAAAAUUGAAGAUGAUUCUUAUUCACUUUUGAGCUCUUCUAGGAACUUGGGUCAGGUUGAGACUACCCGGGAUAAGAGGAGAAGAGAAGUUCAAUAUUCUAAAGCAGGUUUAGUAGUGCCAGGUGGUGAUCCUCCAUUGAAGAAGAAUAAGAAGUCUGCUAGUAGCAUAUCGUGUGAUAUUGAACAAGAAUUUGAUGAAACUAAAUUACAUAUUCCAGUCGUUAAUGACUAUAUGUUGCAGCCACCAGUAACCAAAAUAGAUACCCUAUCUGAGGCAUCUGGUCUAGAAACUUGCAAACCUCGUGCUUUUGAUGGAGAUUCUGCCACACCAGUUCGAGAUGUGGCAAAUGAAAAGACUGAUCUUUUAAGGGCUGAAGAUUUGCAAAAUCCAAUGCCCACCCCAAGUUAUAGUGAUGAUGAAACGAAAAGAAUAAAGCCUGGAAUUGAUAUAAAACAAAAUGCUGACCUCACCGCCUGUCCACCCCAAAGGUCUUUACUUGCCCCGACUGUUGUGCAUGUUACUAGACCAAAGGAGGUUGAAGAAAAAAGGAAAGACCUUCCAAUAGUCAUGAUGGAGCAGGAGAUAAUGGAAGCCAUAAAUGAGAAUACUUGUGUAAUUAUAUGCGGUGAGACUGGUUGUGGCAAGACUACCCAAGUUCCACAGUUUCUUUACGAAGCUGGAUUUGGAUUGCAUGCUGGAAGAGGUGGAAUUAUUGGUGUAACCCAGCCCCGCCGAGUUGCUGUACUUGCAACUGCCAAACGUGUGGCAUUUGAGCUUGGUUUCCAUCUAGGAAAAGAAGUUGGCUUUCAAGUUAGGCACGACAGGAAGGUUGGGAAUAAUUGCUCAAUCAAGUUCAUGACGGAUGGAAUUUUACUUCGAGAAGUGCAGAAUGAUUUUCUAUUAAGGCGUUACUCAGUCAUAAUCUUGGAUGAAGCUCAUGAGAGGAGCUUAAACACAGAUAUACUUGUUGGGAUGCUUUCUCGUGUGAUAAGAUUGCGCCAGCAUGAAUUCGAGGAACAGCAGAAGAGGGUACUAUCAGGACAUAUUAUAAGUAGUGAAGAGAAAAUAUAUCCGUUGAAACUUGUGCUGAUGAGUGCCACACUUCGUGUUGAGGAUUUUGUUGCCAGUGGAAGAGUUUUUCAUGAUCCCCCACCUGUAAUAGAAGUCCCGACUCGUCAGUAUCCAGUCACUACACACUUCUCCAAGAGAACUGAAAUUGUAGAUUAUGUUGGUCAAGCUUAUAAGAAAGUGUUGUCUAUCCACAAGAGACUUCCUGCCGGGGGCAUACUUGUCUUUGUAACUGGACAGAGAGAGGUGGAGUUCUUGUGCCGUAAGCUACGCCAAGCUUCUAAGGAUAUAGUUAAGAAAAAUGGCAAUCUAGAGAAUGAGUCACUGCCUAUACUGAGACCUGGUGAAGAAAAUGAUAUGGAGGAGAUAAGCGAGGCAUUUGAGGUAAAUAAAAGCUCAAAUCUUGAAAUAACUGAACGGUUUAAUUCCUAUAAUGAGGAUUAUCCGGAUGCCUGCGCAGAUGAAUCAGACUGUUCCUUUGAUUCAGAGGAUGAUAGUGAUCUGGAAUAUUCUUCUGAUUUCGACGAUCAGCUAAAUCAAAAUCCGUUGGAGUCUGAUGGAAUCCUUGAUUCACUAAAGGCUGCUUUUGAUGCUUUGUCUGCAAAGAAAGCCUUAGUAUCAAACACUGCGAGUGAAACAAAUACACGGAGCGUUCCUCCAUGUGUGGGGCCCAUGUGUGUUUUACCACUAUAUGCAAUGCUUCCUGCAUCUGCUCAACUUCGUGUGUUUGAAGAGGUUAAGGAAGGUGAGCGGCUUGUCGUUGUUGCUACCAAUGUAGCUGAGACAUCUUUGACAAUUCCUGGCAUAAAGUAUGUGGUUGACACAGGUAGAGAAAAGGUGAAAAAGUACAACUUGUCAAAUGGGAUGGAAAUGUUUGAAGUGCAGUGGAUAAGUAAGGCCUCGGCUUCCCAAAGAGCUGGUAGGGCAGGAAGGACUGGACCCGGUCAUUGCUAUCGCCUUUAUUCUUCAGCUGUCUUCAAUGACAUUUUCGCUCCAUUCUCUGAUGCUGAAAUAUUGAAAGUGCCCGUUGAUGGCGUUGUGCUCCUCAUGAAGUCCAUGCACAUUGACAAGGUUACUAAAUUCCCUUUCCCAACUCCUCCUGAAGCAACUGCCUUGACUGAAGCAGAACGGUGCUUAAAAUUUCUACAAGCACUUGAUGUCAACGGGUGGCUGACACCUAUUGGUAAGGCCAUGGCACGGUUCCCAAUGAGUCCACGUCACUCCCGCAUGCUCCUCACAGUUAUUCAGACGAUGCAAAAGGUCAAAGAUUAUAAACGGUCAAACACAGUGUUGGCUUAUGCAGUUGCAGCGGUUGCUGCAUUGAGCUUGUCAAACCCUUUCAUCGUGCAAUUUGAACAACCCGUGAUAUCUGGAUUUCAAAUGGACCCAAACGGUGAAGGGCUGGAGGAUUUCUCAUGGGGUCAUGGAACAAUUGAGGACGUAGAAGCUUCUUGGAAGGAUUGCUCUGGCAAUCACAAGUCUCUCCAACUGAAUGAAGAGGAGAUACUGGGACAAGCUAUCUUUGCAGGCUGGCCUGACCGGGUUGCCCGACGAAUCAAACGAGUUUCAGGUCUGUCCCAAGAAGAUCUGAAAGCGACUUCGGUCCGUUACCAGGCUUGCAUGGUAACGGAAACCGUAUUCCUCCACCGUCGGUCGGCCGUUUCAAAGUCUGCACCCGAGUUUCUAGUCUACAGUGAACUCAUGCAUUCAAAGAGGCCGUACAUCCACGGGGCAACGCGCGUGGAAGCAAGCUGGCUUGUCAAAUACGGUCAGUCCAUGUGCCAUUUUUCUGCCCCGCUAUCCGACCCAAAACCGUUUUACAACCGUUUGACCGACGAGGUCCUCUGUUGGGUCAAGCCUACUUUUGGGACCCACUUGUGGGAGCUCCCGCUGCAUUCUCGGCCGCUUGAAGGUAAAACGGAACGGGUAACGGUCUUUGCAUGUGCAUUGCUUGAAGGUAAAGUCUUGCCAUGCUUGAAACCCGCGAGGAAGUUCAUGGCGGCCCCACCAGGUACCAUUUUGAGACCGGAAGCUUCGGGUGUGAAACGGGUUGGGAAUCUCUUGAGUAGAAUGAAGAGCAGCAAGGCGGGUCGAAUCGACAGUCGUGUCACGCUGGAGAAAGUGUGGGAGACGAACCCGAAGGAACUGUUUGGGGAAAUAAUGGAUUGGUUUCAGGAAGGGUUUCAUGAGCAGUUUGAAUCUCUUUGGGAACAAAUGCUUUUUGAAGUUCGUAUGGAUCCCAGGGAUUUCGUCUCCAAGAAGAAAAAAAAGGUCCCAAAUUGACCUCAGUUCCAGUCUACGGUUUUGUUUAAUUAGUUGCCACUAUUUUUAGGUAUUUGUUUGGGUUUUCUGGUUUUGUAAUCGAGCAUUUAAAUUACCUGUAAUGUUCAUAAAUAUCGUUUUUUUGGGAACAGAACGAGUGUCCACUGUCUAGUAUCUU